AUGUUAUCGCGUUCAUCGUCUCCCAAAGAAGAGGAAGAAGAAGAGGGGGCAGGGGUAGUAGCUUACGUGGAUGUGCGAUCGCCGAUUGGCAACCCAGGGCUUGUAAUGACUGAACGUUUGCGAUUGCAUGGGGCGCAAGUAGAGAGCACCCGCAGCGCUGCAGUCACUCACGUUAUCUUCCGCAAUGGUGAUCCCUCUACCAGAGCCUGGGCUGAAAAACGGGGACUUAUGCUUGUUACGCCAGCCUGGUUGAAAGCUUGCAUUGAUCGUGGGGUCAGAGUUCCGGAGACGUGCUAUUACAUUCGUGAAAAGGAAGACUUCGAUAUGACGAGGGACUUUGGUGGCGUGUCUCCUCAAGUUCCGCUGAAAAUUGUUAGGCCCGCUGCCACUACUGAAAAGACCUAUUCUGUCCCUAUUCAGGCGUUUGCAACUCCACCAGUUGCUAACUUAGCCACCGGGGGAUUUAUUCCCAGUUCUCUAGAUGCUGAACUCACAAAGAAGCCAUUUAUCCCUCGCCCGAAUACUCCGCCUGGGAUGAAGGCCUUCCAACAUCGUUUAGAAAACCGUUGCAACCAAACUUCCUGCCUAACGUCUGCUGAGUCCUCACACGACAAAUUGGUGGUUGUUUCUGAAUCCUCGGGUAUGCUUUUAGUCUAG